CAGGAAGCCAUCACAGGCACGCCAACGUCAUCUUUCAGCUCAGAUAAUGAAACAGAGAGCAUGGAUGCUACGUGUCCUACAGGAUAUGUGGACAUGGGAGGAACCAGCCCUUUGCAGUCAGAAGUGUCCACCAAUGCAGAGGAGCUGGAACAGCUCUCUGACCAGCAUGUUACAGGAGCUCAUUUUGAGCUUGAGAGGAUGAGGUGGCAUUUUGUGCUGGCUAAACUGAAAUGUGAACAGGAGGAUAAGGAAAAGCAAAGGCUUCAUGAAGAGAGAAUGGAGCAGAUUCAUCAUCAGGCAGUAAGAGGAUCGGUGAAUGAAGGACUCAAAAACCUACUUCAGCCUUCCAACCAAUAUGCCUUGUUCCUGUACUGCUUCAUCAUCAUUCACCUUAUUUAUAGUUUGAAGGAGCUGGCCUUCUAUGUUUUCCAAACACAUCACCUGUUCUGUUUUGCUGUCGUGUUCUUCUACAUUCUUAAGAAGAUUUUCCAAGAUUACAGAAACAACAAAAAAUAUCCUUAA